CAUCCCUGACCAAUUCACCCUCCCUCCAAUUCUCAUUGCCGGCGCUUCUCUCGGUUCUCUCCCCCUUCUUCUCUCACUCCACGCUUUUACCAUCAAAACCCAUCUCUACAUUGACCUGUUUGUGGCCUCUGCGCUUAUCAAUGCUUACUCCAAAUGUGGCCAACUUGGGUUUGCAGUUCAGCUGCUCGAUGAAUUGCCUGACCCGGAUUUGCCCACUUAUAACGCUGCGAUUACUGGCUUGUCAAAGCAGGGGGAGUAUGAAUUGGCUUUACAGGUUUUUGUUAAGUUGAGGGUUGCAGGUUUGGAUCCGAAUAGGACUACUCUUUCGAGUGCUAUAACGGCUUGUGGGCGUCUGGUUGAUAGGAAUAUUGGACGAGCAAUUCAUGGUUAUGUUGUGAAGGUUGGAAGGGAUGUUAGAGAUGAUGUGUCGGUGAAUUCUGCGCUUGUGUUUAUGUACCCAAGAUUUGGAGACUUGGAUCCUGCUGGGUCCAUUUUUUGGUCCAUGCCUGAAAGGAAUGUAGUUGCUUGGAAUACCAUGAUAAGUGUUUAUGCGCAGACUGGUAAUAUAAAAGAGACAUGGGGCUUGUUUAACCAAAUGCUAGUAGAAGGUUUUGAGGCUAAUGAGAUAACUUUAUCUUGUAUGGCAAAUUCUUCCAAUGAACUGCUACAAGGGAUGAUGAUCCACGGGCUUGUGAUUAAAAUUGGCUUGAUAGAAGAUGAGAUAAUUGGAGCUUCUCUAAUUGACAUGUAUGCAAGACUAAAUAGUUUGGUUGAUGCCCAGAAGCUGUUUGAUGUAAAACCAAGGAGUGAGAUGGGGUCGUGGAAUUCCUUAAUAUUGGGUUAUGCAAAAAAUGGGUAUCCAAGGGAAGCAUUGAACCUCUUUUAUAGGCUAAGAGAUCAUAGAAAUCUUUGCCCAAAUUCCAUUAGUUUUCUUGGUGCUUUGAACGCAUGUGCAGCUCUUGGAGCAGUCAAAGAGGGAAAAGUGAUUCACGAUUACUUUGUGAAUAGUGGGUUCAAGGUAGAUCGGAUCAUUGGUACUUCAUUAAUUGACAUGUACUCUAAAUGUGGAUGUGUGGAUACCGCUCGAGAUAUAUUUGAGGGUAUGAAGGAUAAGGAUCUUGUGGCUUGGAGUGCAAUGAUUUCUGGACAUGGAGUAAAUGGAGAAGUGAAAGAGGCGAUAAAACUGUUCGAUAGAAUGAGAAAAAAUUAUCACCUUAAGCCAGACAAUGUGAUAUUCACAUCGAUUCUCUCUGCUUGUAGCCAUUCCGGAAUGCUAGAAGAAGGUUGGUUCUAUUUCAAUGAGAUGAAAAGGGUUUAUGGCCUUGAACCCAAACAAGAGCAAUAUGCUUGCAUCGUUGAUCUAUUGGGUCGAGCAGGGAAGCUUGAUGAGUCCCUUGACUUCAUCAAGGAGAUGCCUAUUGAGCCAGAUGUCUCUGUGUGGGGUGCUUUGCUAGGAGCUUGUAGGAUUCACAACAAUAUGAAGCUGGGAAUCUAUGCAGCAGAAAAGCUCUUUGAAUUGGAAACCAAGGAUGCAGGGUACUACGUACUGCUUUCAAAUCUCUAUGCAGCAAUUGGUAGAUGGAAUGAUGUUAAGAAAGUUCGGGAGUUAAUGAAGUCAAGAGGAGUUCAGAAGCCUCCAGGACGCAGUUGGGUAGAUUUGAAUGGUUCUAUACAUGAAUUUUUCGUGGGUGACAAAUCACACCCUCAAUCAGAUAAAAUUUAUAUGAAGCUAGAUGAAUUGGGAGAAAAGAUGAAAGAGAUGGGUUACAUUCCGGAUACAAACUUGGUGCUCCAUGAUGUCGAUGAUGAAGUGAAAGAAGAAAAACUAACCAGCCACAGUGAGAGAUUGGCUAUUGCCUUUGCCUUGAUAAACACUAAGCAUGGUGAACCUAUCAGAGUGACCAAGAACUUGCGUGUGUGUGCUGAUUGCCACCGAACAACAAAGCUCAUUUCAAAGAUCACUGGGAGGAAGAUCAUUGUGAGGGAUGCACGAAGGUUUCAUCAUUUUGAGGGAGGGAAAUGUUCAUGUGCAGAUUACUGGUGAGACCUAGGGGAAAAUGCUUCUUUUUGAUACAGAAACAGGUAUACAAACCAGCCAAAAUGCAGUCAUCAUAAUUAUCCAAGAUUACAGUAAGAAUAAUAGGGUAGUAAAUUCAGUAUACAUGCUGUUGAGGCUCCACUUUAUGAUAAAGAAGGCAUAAACCAAAUUGGAGGGAGCUGUAGUGAGCAGAUGAACUGAAGUUCAGGACGAAAACAAGGCUGAAUUGUCCCGCUUUCUAUGUCAAAUAUCUCAACAUCGCAAACAUAAUUAUCAUGAAAGUCCAUAUGUUCAUUAAUGAAAUAAAUGCAAUUUCCUUU